AUGGCAAAUCCACUUUCUGCAAAUAAAAUAGGCUAUACAAACUCAGUACUCCUAUUUAUUGGAGUAAAUCUAUUUGAAAUUUCAGAUUUCUUUACACCGAAGCAGCCGCGCAGGCAGAAGCCUAAAUGCCUGGGCACUUACUUGACAAUGGCAUGCAAGUCGAGUUGUCCUGUUAUCAAUCUUCAAUAUAAAAUUUUUUCUGGUGCAUCUUGACAAUUAGACACGGAACGCCAUAACAACAGCGUAGACAGAACGGACAGAACGACAGAAGAGUAGUGAUGAGCUCAAGAUACACUAGGUAUGUUUUCUAAUCUUCAAGUUCCAGUUAUGUUUUAUUUUUUUCAGUUCC